GAGUGGGAGUAUCAGAACUGAAAGUUAUAAGAAUUGUGGCACACAGACCUUUGAUCAGUCUUGUUUAAACUCUUUCUCAAGAAUUACUGCUGUAUUUUAUAAAGGGAUCAGAAUUUAUAAAUUAAAAACAAACAUGUCAAUCAAACUAAGAAGUGUUUUGAUCAGUGAUCCAGUCGAUAGUUCAUGUGCCGAUUUAUUAACCAGCCAUGGGGUUCCAGUAACAACAAAAUAUAAACUUACAAAAGACGAAUUAAUAAAAGAACUGCAGAAUCAUGAUGGUUUAAUCGUUCGUUCAGAAACGAAAGUGACCCCAGAAAUACUUUCGGCAGUACCUAAUCUUCGUAUUAUCGGACGUGCCGGAACAGGAGUUGAUAAUAUUGAUCUCCAAACUGCUACACGUAAUGGAAUAGUUGUUCUUAAUACACCUGGAGGUAAUAGCAUUAGUGCUUGUGAAUUAACAUGCGCAUUUAUAUCAGCACUUGCAAGAAACGUUCCUCAAGCAGCUCAAUCAAUGAAGGAAGGCAGGUGGGACCGUAAACUAUACUCCGGAUUUGAAUUGUCAGACAAGACUCUCGCAGUUCUCGGUUUCGGACGUAUUGGCCGUGAGGUAGCCCUCAGAAUGCAAUCAUACGGAAUGAAGAUUAUCUGCUUCGAUCCAAUGCUUAGUGCUGAAGCUACAGCAAGCGUUGGUGCGACAAAAUUAAAUUUAGAGGAAAUUUGGCCAAUUGCUGAUUACAUCACCGUUCAUACUCCGCUUAUUCCUCAGACACGAAAUCUCAUCAAUGCCAAUACUUUAGCUAAAUGUAAGAAAGGCGUAAGAAUAAUAAACGUCGCACGCGGUGGAAUUGUCGACGAAGAAGCGCUUCUACAAUCUAUCAAAUCGGGGCAUUGCAGUGGUGCUGCACUUGACGUUUUUACUGAAGAGCCACCAAAAAAUCCUACGACUUUAGAACUUAUUAAGCAUCCUCACGUUAUUGCGACGCCUCAUUUAGGUGCGAGUACGGAAGAAGCUCAAAAACGUGUAGCAGUUGAAAUAGCCGAACAAUUUCUAGCUAUUUCUGGUAAAUCUGAUAAAUACACAGUUACCGGAAUAGUUAAUGCACCUAUUUUAUCAGCGGCAACAUCUGACGAGAAUAGAUCGUGGAUAGAACUGUCGAAAAAGUUAGGCCGAUUAGGCGCACGUUUUCUCAAAAAAACUACCAAUCAGCGACUUUCCAGUGUUCCUGUUGAAAGUCAAACUGUUGGUAUGGGCAUGCUUGCUAAAAAGUUUGUGCAUACUGCGGUUCUUGUUGGACUACUUGAAGGUCAAACUAAAAAUGGAUUAAACUUAGUAAAUGCUCCAAUGUUGGCGAAAGAUGUCGGUGUUGAGGUAAAAGAGAGUCACAUUGAUGGAGAAGUUGAUGCAGUAAUUGUAAAAGUUGGUCCACACCAAGUUAAAGGAACUGUUCGUAAUAAUGAUCACGUACUACUGUCAAUUGACAAUAAUAAUUUCGAAAAUGGUAUUAUUUUAAGAAACUAUAUGUCAUUUUAUCGAACGACUGGACCAGAAGGUCUUGCUAAUAUCGUUAAUAAAUUUUCAUCAAAAUCUGUUAUUAUAAACAGUAUUAAUGCGAACGGAAAUUGGCUUGCUAUUGAAACUAAUGAAGAUGUAACUAUUCCAGUAGAAAAUAUGGAAAAUUUAUAAAAUGUAUUUUUCAUACACAGUAAAAAUAUUUUUUAAUAAUUAACACACAACAGUGUGUUAAAACAAUAUUUUACACAAAUUUGUAUGUUGUUUUAACAGUAUUCAUUUGUGUAAUAAAAAAUGACACAAAAAAUGUUAAACGUAACACGAGAAAAUUUUAGGAUUUUUUGUUACCGGUUUUAAAAUUUUCACACAUUGAAAUUUUGUCUGUAAUACACGCAAAAUGUGGUCUUAACAUUUUUUUUCGACAAGUAUCUACCCUAUCAAGAAAAUCUAUGUACGAUUGCAUGGAAAGCCAUAUUAAUCCAUAUCGAAAAGUAUGGAUUCAUAACAGAAUUCAUAGGAAUUAAUAAAGGAUUGUAUAGAUUUAUAUACACGGAGAGAAAAAAAUAGUUCUCUUCAGAGUAAUACUCCCCAUUCUACAUAGUAACGGUGGCUAUGCUAGCAUAGGACUGAUUACCAUUCUACAUUUUUAGUAACUAAGGUUAUGACAAUACAAAUAAUUCAAGUUACUAUACGUCGCACAUAUGCAUGCAUACACAUACACACCGGUUACUGCGCAACAUCCGCGUAUGUUAACUUCCUUGUCUCACUUAUUAAACGAUAACGACAGCUAUUCCAGCAUGGGACUGAGUAGCAUUCUACAUAGCCCUGAUUCCCAUGCUAGAUAGCGAUUUUUACCAUUUUAGUUGUUUCAAUGUAACAUAGUAAUCAUUACCAGAAAAAUGGUAAUGAGUCUUAUUCUACAUAGCAUUAUUUACCAUUUCACAAAAAAUUAGUCUGGUUACUAUGUAGCAUCGUAAUCAUUACUAUUCUUUUCUCUCCGUGUAAGAAUCCAUAUAGAAAACCAUGGGUAUUUGGAUACCUAUAUGGGGAAUUCCCAUAGGAAUCUGGGUUUCUAUACAAGUCUAUUGAUAUGCGUAUAUAAAUAAAAAAACAGAUUAAUAUGCCCAGAGGAAAUCAUAUGGGAAUCCAUCUGAAAACGUUAUGUGGAAAACCACAUUAAUAUCUAGGUUGAAUUCGCCUACGGAUUUUUUUUGACGAUACAGUAAAUUCAACACAUUGUGUUACUUUAAUGAACUACCACGCGCUCUAUGUUAAAGUCACAUCACUGAGUAAAUGUUACUUUUGUUCCAAUUAAAAUUUUUUUGUGUUAAAAUUGAACUGAUCAAACAACACAGCAGUAUGUUAAAUUACCACACGAAUGUCAAAUAUUUAACAUAAAAUUUUGAACACUUUUUUUUUUUUACACAAAUACGAAAAAUUUUUUACUGUGUAUGAUUAUAACCUCACUAUCUUUAAAAUACAACAAUAUAAUAUUUUUUUACUGUCUUUUAAUUUACGGAAUCUAUAAUAAAAUGUAACUCAUUGUUUUUAAAUAAUAAUUAAAGCAAAGAAAUAUUUAUAAUUAUAAUACAUUUAUAUGAAGAGAAGAAAACUUUUUAAUUGAUUUUAAUAAUAAAAGUCUAUAA